AUUCCGGGGGCUGGACCGGAAUGCGUUCUUAUUUGCGCGGUCAGGCGCCGCAUUUGCGCCAUCUUCCUCCUCGCCCCACUCGCCAUUUUUGCAUUUGGUUCGACGUCUGUACGCGCGCGAAUCUCAUUGGGCUUCGCCACGCCAGCAGUUAAACCAGCCUCCUGCUUCGCCUGCGCUCGCUUCACGAAACCUCUUGCGCAGUGCCAGAAUUGCCACCACAACUCAAUUUGCUUCAUAUAACUCAAGCUGGUAAAAUGACCACCAAGACCCAGCUAGAUUUCAUCCUUAACCCCGUCGUCGAGGCCGUGCGGCUCGUGCCUCUGUUGCCGUCGGCGACUUCGCUGCUGCCCAAGUCCACCUGCAUUUCGCCGACCUGGAGCGCGGGCUCGCCCAGCUCCGUUUCGGGCUGGAACGGUGAGCAAGCUGUGCUGGCCGCGCUGCUGCGUGGUCCGAGCACACCCGUGCUACGACAUAAGCGAAACUUCGAGCAACUUCCCGGUCUGACGGCCAACAAGAAGAUUCGCACCACUACGGUGCUUCCGUCGAUCUUCGUACCAUCCGUGUCGUCGCCGACCCUUGACAGCUGCAUGUCCGGCGGCACAAGUUCUGAGGGCGAGAGCUCUGAUACCGACAGCCCCAAGACGGGUUCGUCCUCGUCCUCGCACAAAAAGAAGACACGUCUCUGCAAGGAGAAGGGCUGUACCAGUCUGGCGGUCUCGCGUCGCAGUUGUGUACGUCACGGCGGCGGCUCCCGCUGCACGUUCGAAGGCUGCACAAACGGCGCCAAGCUGCGCAAUCGCUGUUUUCAGCACGGUGGCUCCACUAUUUGCCUGGCUGCAGGUUGCAACAGCAAGGCCAAGCGAUACGGUUACUGCUGGUCGCACGGUGGCGGCCGCAUCUGCAGCCACGACGGCUGCGUCAAGGUGGCGGCCCAGGGCGGUUCGUGCUGGGCACACGGCGGCGGCAACCGCUGCAAGCUCGAGGGCUGCAGCAAGCGCUCGUACCAAAAGUACGGUUACUACUGCAAGGCUCACUCCACUUACAACGUGUAAGCAAGGAAAACUCACUGCCCCGUGGUGCCUAUUUAUUCGGAGUCAAAUUUGAAGUAUUAUCAAGAGGACGAGGAAUCUAGCCUAGCCUAGCCUUGGUUUAAGCGAAGCGAACCUAGCUUCCCGUAAAAGUUAAGCAAAAAUGCCAAGCUGAUUGACUUGGAAUCCUUCUUUUGGUGA